AUGGGCUGGCCUUACCAUAUAGUCAAACUCAGCCCAGAGGAAAAGUCGCAGCGUCGAGAGCUUCUCGAUCGAUACGGGUUAUAUUCUCAACUAUCGGUCCUCAUACCGAUUUCGUUCUUUUGGCUGUAUCGGUUAGGGCGUUGGGUCUAUCUCCGCUCAAUUCGGAGAGCCGGAUACAGUGCAGUUACUCGUCCAGCAGACUCGAGUACUUCUAGUCCUGCGAAUUUUGAGAAGCGAUGGCGGUCGAUCCUUUGGUGGCUCGAAGAUGAAGUCGCUCCUGGCUGGGGUGCAAAAAGCCAUUGGAUUCUUGGUGCAGCAUGGGCGUUGUGGUUGCUAACUUUGUGCAUUUAUCAGACGGGAACUGACUAUCUUCAUGUAACAAAACGCUUUGGCAUAGUAGCUGUGGCGCAACUACCCACACAUUUUGUCCUUGCAGUCAAAUCUCGAUACAAUCCUUUAGCACUGAUUUUCAACACAUCAUACGAAAGACUGCUGCCAUGGCACCGAAUAUCCGGCAGACUGAUAUUCCUUCUGAUCGUUGUCCAUGUGUCGUUGUACCUGAACUACUUUAUCCAAACGGCAACACUGCAAGAGCAUCUCACCUCGCUCAAGAUCAUUGUUGGCAUCAUGUCAUUCAUGUCACUUCUCGCCAUGAUGAGCACCAGCAUUGGGGCCGUCCGUUGUCGCAACUAUCGGAUAUUCUACAUCACACACUCGGUGCUUGCAUCCCUCCUCCUGAUCUUUCUCACCUUUCACGCAAAGUCUCUGCGCUGGUACAUCAUUGAGACGCUGGCUGUUAGCCUUCUAGCCCGACUCAACCGUCUAGAUACCAUCACCGCCUAUGCGGCCAUCUCCCGAAUCCCCCGAACGAACCUCGUCAGUGUGCAGAUCCCUAUUCCCCCAUCAAAAAUACAAAGAUUCCGAGCAGCGCCAGGCCAACACGUCUUCUUAUCCUUACACGCAGAGACAGCGAUGAAGAUCAAAUCAUCGCUUGUACGGAACAUGUUCCUCCGAAAUCCGUUUACUGUCGCGAAUGUCUCGGAGAACAAUGAGAUCACCCUCGUUGCGCGGGUACAAGAUGGUCCGACGUCCAGAGCCUUGGAUUCCCUGGCAGAUUCGGCGGAGAAGCCAAGUCAGGUCGAAAUCUACGGACCGUUUGGGAGUAUCCCAUGCUUUUCAAAGUUAGGAAGGAAGUAUGAACGACUUCUUGUUGUGGCGGGUGGAGUUGGCGCGACUUUUGCUUUGCCGGUCUACCGUGAGCUGAAGGAGCAAGUUGAAGCGGAGGGCAAGGGACAAGAUCGGAUUACAUUUGUGUGGUCUAUGAAGACGCUGGAAGAAGCUGCGUGGGUCAUGGGAUUGGCGGAUGGACAGGCCUUGACGCAAGACGAGAACGUCAGACUAUACCUGACUCAGUCCUAUCAUAUGCGCGGACAAAAGCCUUCCCCGGAUGAGAGUAUCGAGCUAGAAGAGUUACAUUCGCAGAGAACAGUUGUAUGGUCGUCCGCGGAAUCUGGACGCCCUGACCUGGGCAAAAUCGUGGAUGAUGUCCUCAGCGACUCUGAAGAGCGCGUAGCAGUGCUCUUCUGUGGACCACCAGGGAUGGGGAGGGUAUUACGGGAGAACAUUGGCAAAUAUGUACGGAAAGGACGAGAGGUAUGGUGGCAUGCUGAAGCCUUUGGGUGGUGA